AGCUGCUCGCCGACCUUUGCGCCGCUCGCGGAAAAGACAGACAACACAAGUUAAUCUCAAUUUCCUAGGAAAUUUUUACUAGUUCUACGGCGGUUUGUGUGAAAAAAAUAUACUCGAGUCCCAGUAGGCGACACCGUUUUAAAAUUCUAUGGUUUGUUUUUGUUGUUUGUGUCGCGUCGUGUGAUGGAAUGACCUAGUCGUCGGUGUGUAUACCUAGGUUAACUUAUUUUUUUUAAAGUGUAUAGUGUUCGCCAGAAAGAAAACAAAAGUGCCUCUCCUCCAUUUUAAGUGUCCUUAUUUUAUAGUCUCAGGAUUAUGCUCGAUUUGGCUUAACUGAUACACGCAAGCAUCAAGCUGUUUACAAAGAUGGAAUCGGACGUGGUGCAAGCCACAUCCCCCUUGCCCUCACCCUCCCCGGCGGACUCCCCCAGCGACGCCACCUCCUCCUCCUCGGCCACGGACGAAAGCGACGUGGAGGACUCCGACCUGAAGGAGGUGAUGCGCUCGGACGAGGUGAACGGCUCGGCUUUCUUCCAGCGCUACUUCCAGAACCACAGCAACAGUUUGCCCUCCAGGCUGAUGGCGGCCAACGCCAGACGCCUGUCGCAGUGCAGGGAAGAGGACGAGGACGAUGAUAAUAAGAAGGAUCAGUUGAACACAGUGCCUUGUUCCAACGCUUCUUCCGUAGCCAGCGUGAGCGAUUCCCUGUCGGAAUCGUCCAGCAGCUCCAAAACGUCUGUGAUAGAUACCGUGACGGGACCCACGCACAAAUUCGUGAUAACCAAGACCAAACAGCAGCACCAGGAACCCGCAGCAGCUUCUGUCGAAAAUGUCGAUUCUUCGGUAAACAUCGCGCCCAUAAAACCCUCCAACAGCGCCACCUUUUCCAGCGAGGCCAGCAAGAAGAAAUACAUGUCGGACGCGGCGAAAAUCUUCGCUUCCAGGCAACAGUACAAAAUGAGUAAUACGGUGGGCGCCAUUCCGCAACAGUCUCAAAGGAUACCGGCGUAUUCGAUAUUCGCCAAUAGGAGUCCCCUGGCUAGUCCGCAUCUGGACAACAAGUUCUUCGAUUCGUCGCUGAUCGAGUUGAAGAGUCCGGGGUCCAGUAGUACCGGGGUGGACUGUAACGGUAGCGAGGAGGAUAUUUGGGUGAAGAGGGACGGACCUGAUCAGAAAAGGGAAUUAGGAUCUCAACCUCUUCCAACUAUUUCCAGCGACGAUGCGGAUACCUUACCGAGGCCCAGAUCGGGUACGUGGAGUGCCAAAAGCGACUCCAAGAAAGAAAAGUCUGAUAAGAAUAAGCUGAAGAAGGAUAAAAGUGGGGAUGAAAGAAAGAGGGAGAAGCAUGCGUAUGGUGGAAGUCGGAGUGGGUCUACCUCAAGGUCGAGUUCCAUCGAACGACGGAAAUCCGAAGAUGUGCCUAGUCCGAAAAAAGAGGGCGCAAGAAGCCGCUCCAAUUCAGAUGCUAGUAAAAAGAAAGGAAGUGCCUUUUUAGCGUCCAUGAAGGCCGCUAUGUUGUAUACUGGUCUCAUGCAUGCCAAAUCUAAAGACGGAUCUGCCCAUCCAGUGGUGGCUCCCGAUAGUUCCGAUACAAGAUAUUAUCAUACGGUCACGGCGGCAGCCUCAUCAAAUAGGAGUCCAAUGACGAAAGUUAUGGAUAUUUUUAGGAAUAAGCCAACCUUUCAAUCUGAAGAAGAAAUAGUGAGGCGGGAAGAACGUAAAGAAGAUAAAAGAAAAGAAGAGAAACGGGAGGAAGAAAGGCGGAAGAAAGAAGAAAAAGAAAGGCGAGAAGAAAAACGACGAGAAGAGGAGCGUAAAAGAAGAGAAAAGAAUAUGGCGCUGGUGCAUGGGAAGCAUAAAGCAAUGAGGGAUGGUUCUGCUCAUCCAGUUAGGGACAGUGAUAACAUGUAUUACCAUACGGUCACUGCAGCAUCAUCAAAAAGUCCCAUGACCAAAGUAAUGGAUAUUUUUAGGAACAGAACACAUGCCAGCGUGCCUCCAGAGGAGAGACGGAAGAGAUCUCUUCAUCCCGGUGCUCAACUUAAGCAGAGAUCGUUAGACCCCGAACGAAGAAGACAAUCCCUAGGUUCCAUUAUCCCAACGAAUAUCCACAGGGCAUCCGACGCCCUAUUGGACCCUCAUCACGCCGCUAUCCUGUUCAGGGAUUCCCGAGGGUUGCCAGUGGUUGAUCCUUUCUUGGAAAAAGUCAACAUCUCCGAUCUAGAAGAAGAUGAAUCCCAGAUUUUCGUCAAGUUCUUCAAAUUUCACAAAUGUUACGAUCUCAUUCCUACAUCGGCGAAGCUAGUUGUCUUCGAUACUCAGUUACUCGUAAAAAAGGCCUUUUUUGCUCUAGUAUACAAUGGAGUUCGAGCAGCCCCUCUCUGGAACAGCCAGAAGCAGGAAUUCGUGGGUAUGCUCACCAUCACCGAUUUCAUCAAGAUCCUGCGAAUGUAUUACAAGUCACCCAGCGUUGCCAUGGAGGAGUUGGAAGAGCACAAGCUGGACACAUGGAGGCGAGUGCUGGAAGACGCCAGGCCUUUGAUCAACAUCGGACCGGAUGCGUCUCUCUAUGAUGCCAUAAAAGUGCUGAUUCAUAAUCGAAUUCACAGGUUGCCUGUGAUAGAUCCGGAAACAGGCAACGUCUUAUACAUACUCACUCACAAAAGGAUACUUAGGUUCCUGUUUUUAUAUAUUAACGAACUGCCCAAACCCAGUUAUAUGAACAAGACCAUCAAAGACCUGCGAAUCGGCAGCUACGACAACAUCGAAACUGCCUCACAAGAAACCUCUAUAAUCUUAGCCUUGAAAAAGUUUGUAGAACGGCGAGUCUCUGCUCUACCUAUAGUGGAUCCUGAAGGGCGUUUGGUAGACAUCUAUGCCAAAUUCGAUGUUAUUAAUUUGGCCGCCGAAAAAACUUACAAUGAUCUGGACGUAUCACUGAAGAAAGCCAACGAACAUCGAAACGAAUGGUUCGAAGGCGUGCACAAAUGCAAAGUAGACGAGACGCUGUUCAACGUGAUGGAGAAGAUCGUCAGAGCGGAAGUACAUCGAUUGGUGGUCGUCGACGAUGAAGAUAAAGUCACUGGAAUUAUUUCUCUGUCUGAUAUACUAUUGUACCUGGUUCUAAGACCCUGCGGCGAAGACGGGAUGUCGCCCGAUGGUGGCGCUUCUGUUCGCGCUCAGGAUAUUAGUAAAAUUCAAGAGAAAAUGGCAUCGUCGAGUAGAACGUCUUCGAACGAAGAAGUCGCUCAAACGAUUCCCGAAGAAGAAGAGCACGACGACGUGCCCAAAUCAGCCACUCCGGACGAUCAACCGGAUCAAGUGUCACCGCCCGAUACGCCACUGUUAGAAACGGGUUUAUCGACCGACAACGCCAUCUUUCGAGAGGUAGCAGUGACGGACGGAGGAGAGUGACAGGUUUUCAGGGGGUAGAAAUAGUAAUAGAAAUUUUUUCGUAUUAAAAAGCAACAUGGUGAUGAACGAGCGAAAGCGGGUUUCUGUACAUUUACUCGAUCGAAUUGUGAAUUGUUUCUGACCCCAAAUUAUCUCGAAACUACGAGUUCAUAUAUACGUCUAUUAAUUAUUUGAAGGCUGGUUAGAAAGUCGAUGCCUUAGCAAAACUGGAACACGAUCGAAGCAAUUAUUUUCUGAUAUUUGUGGGUUUAUACUGAUACAAAAAUUUUUAUUAAAACUAAAUUAUCUGUAACAGCGGUGGUAUAUACAUAUUUACGAAUAGGGAAUGGUGCUAGACAUCAUUUACUAAAUAAUAGAUGUAUUUUGAUGCAAUCUUAUAGCUUAAUUAUUAUACACAAAUAUUUAUAUAUUUAUAGUUGGUUCGAAACUAAGUAACAUUCUACAAACUUACUUGUAAAAUCAUAUUUAAUGAUAUUUUUAAACAGCUUCUACAGUUACCGAUGGUAGACUAAAUUGGCUAUUCUUCUAAGGUUACACAAGAAUAUUUAGUUUUAAUCAUUGUCUAACAUUAAUUACAAUAUAGUAAAAAAUAUAUUUUCAAAACUUCAUAAAACUGCAGGGCAAUAUGCAGUGACUAACUGUUCUGGCGGUCCGCCUUUUAUAGGUUAUAUCCACGGUGUUAAACUAUUUCAAAAUUCGUUUAAUUAUUUCUCAUUUUUGAAUGGAUUUAUAUCAAACCAUGUUAUUAUUAUAUAUAAAAGUAUCUUAUUCUCAUCGGGUCAAUCAAAAAUUUUCCCAAUCAGCUCAAUAUAUUGAUGAUGUUGACAGUAUUACUCAUCAAGUAAUAUUACUGUUAUAUUAAUCAAUUAAGGCCACAUAAACAAACAUAACAUAUACAAUUUUAUAUACGAAUUAUAUUAUAAUAAAAUUAAAUAAUAAAUAUAUUGUAAUUAUAUUCCUGAAGAUUGGGUGAUUCUUAAAUGUCUACUCUACAUAUUAUAAACGCGUAUUCAAAUAUUAAUCUUGUGGAAUAUAUAUCAACAUAAAACGAGACGUAACAAUAGCUAUUUUAGGAACGUCUAGGUUUACUUAUUUCACUGAGAUUUAUGAAAAAAAGUUCUUUGCCUCGGGUACAGAUACCGCUACGUUUUGGAACUAACUCAAAACUAAAGAAAAUUGAACGAGGCAACGGGAAACGCCAAAACAAAUCCCCCCAGGCCCUCCUCAUGAGUAGGUUUCAGGCGCUUUUAAGAAACGGGCGACGAAACGCAACCUUCACUUGUUUCGAAGAGUUCUGCGCUAGUGUAGAGGCUGUUUUAAAAAAGAUUCAAAAUUAAUUAUGGUUUCUAUACAUCAGAAGAUUCAUAUAAUUAAUUAGUCCUGGAAGAAGAAUAGUAAUUUUUAAUAGUAUAUAGUGUUUUAAAGGUCGCUCUAUUUUUCAAGACACGAAAUAGUUAAAUUGUUUUUUUUUUUAAUAUACUUUUAGACAUCAUUAUUUUUUUAAAUAUUUACCUGUAUUUUAUUUUUUUUAAAUUAAACAGUUUAAACUCUAUUUUACAUAAAUAAAAAACAUGUGGUGUAGAUAGUAACUUAAUUUUGAAACUGCUAUAUAUUUUAAGAAAACAAAAACAUUUGUACUUAAAGUAAGGAAUAUACCAAAGACUGCUUGUAUUCUUGGUUCUUGCGCAGAAACAAUUCAAAUAUUGUUUAGUGCUUUAUUUAUUUAUAUUGUAUUGAUACUUUUUAAGAGUUAUAUAAUAUUAUAUACAUAGUGUACAAUGAUUUUAAUAUAUUAUUAAACCAAGAGCUGGUUUACAGAGUUACUAAUAAGUAUAAUGUAAUGUAGCGAUCAUAGCAUUUUUUUUCUUAAAUAUAGAGAAUUUUUAGAUUUGUCCCUUUGAUAAAGGCAUUGGCCAUGAAUAGUUUAUAAUAAUAUAUCAUUGAGUCCUUGUAGCAUAUAAUAUACAGAUUAUGUUAGAUAAAAGAGCACACUACAUGAAUCUCCUAAAUUAUAAGAUAUGGGAAUGCUUAAUUGCAAGAAAAGGUAAUAUUUAAACAAUACAAAAGCAAAAUUAAAAAUUCCUUAUGUUUCUGCAGAUUGAAUGAACAGAAUUGUCUGUGUCUAAUAAAAGAUUUGUUAGUUUUCUAUCCCAAUUUUAACUUUUUAUUUCAAAUAAUUUGAUCAUUAGAAUCAAGGGAAACAUAGUAGGCAUCAAGAAACUUAUCAUGCACUCAUAGGGCGAAAACAACGAAGAUGUAACGUGAAUUUUGAUGUAACUUUUAAAAUUUGGAGAACUAGUUCUGGACCUCUUCUGAACCAGUUUUUUAAGUAUAUUUUAUUGUUUUUGAGAUUUUUGUAAUGUGUUUUCUUAUUUACCUAUUUGAUCAUGGCUAUGAUGGUGUUAUACACCUUUUGCUAAAGAGUAACCUGGAUAAAAAUUAUUGAACCUAGAAACAUUCCCGUGUAUUAUUCGACCCCUCGUGAGAAUCUUAUCACGCCGAGACAAUACUGAUUCAUACUUUGCGAAAAUAAUUU